GGGGGGGUGGGGCAGGGGAAGGAACAGCGAAGGGGCAUAAUAAAUUACCAAAAUUUGCUUUUUUUUUCCCUACAAUGCACAAUGACCCACAAUAUUCGUCAUCACCGUGGAACCAUUUACAAAAACUAAAAGAUGCACUUCCACCAGAAGUUGACGAUGCUGGGAAUGUUGAAUAUAAACUGAAAUUAGUAGACCCAUCGAUUGAGCGAUUAGACCAUUUGAUAACCCAAAUGAAAUGGAGAUUAUCGGAAGGAGGCGGAGAAGCAAUGUAUGAGCUUGGUGUCGACGAUGACGGCACUUUAGUUGGGCUAUCCGCAGAAGACAUGUCAGCAUCUGUGGACACGUUGCGACAAAUGGCAGAUGCAUUAGACGCCGACGUAUCGAUCAUUCGAGAGUUAACGAUGGAUCAAUUUGGCAGCAAACCAGAGCCGCGCAAAAAUUCACACAAGGUUCUCGAAGCAUUGAUACGAAGGCGACCCAAAGAUCAACAGCAACAAUUCACCGAUAUUCGGAUAGCCAUGUUGGGUGGUCAUGGUGAAGGCAAAUCAACGUUGCUCGGAUGCAUAACCCACGGUAUCCAGGACAACGGACGUGGGCGAGCACGACUCAGCUGUGCACGGCAUCGGCAUGAAAUCGAAUCAGGGCGGACAUCAUCAAUAUCGCACGAAAUCAUCGGCUAUGAUGCAGACGGUCAUUUGAUCAACUAUGCCAGCACGCACAACAUCAGUACUUGGGAACAAAUCUGUGAGGCGAGCAGCAAGGUGAUUACAUUUCUGGAUCUUUGCGGCCAUGCAAAGUACUUGCGGACCACGAUUUCGGGUAUGACAGGCUAUUCGCCCGAUUAUGCAGCGCUUGUCAUAUCCGCCAGCACCAAUGUCGGUAUAUCGGAAAUGGCACGCGAACAUUUAUCCCUGGCCGUCAUGUUGGAUGUACCUGUUCUUGUCAUUGUCACCAAAGUUGAUGUUGCUUCUCGCAAUCAGCUUGGAAGGACACUUAAUUCAUUGGUACAAUUGCUUCGAGCGCCAGGCAUGAACAAGGUGCCCGUUAUUGUUCGUGACGAUAAUGAUUCCCGUUCAUGCGCUUCGCAUCUGGCUCGUGGUGGUCCUGAAAUACCCAUCUUUUUGGUCUCAAAUGUCACAGGAACCAAUGUUGAUUUGUUGGAACGCUUCUUCAACUAUUUGCCCAGACCGACCAAAAAUUAUGAUGCAUUGUUGGAAGAACCUGUCGAGUUUCAAGUAGAAGAAGUAUAUUCCUUGUCAGACAUCGGCCCAGUCAUAGGAGGCGUAUUGCGACGAGGGCGUAUCAAUAUUAACGAGGAUGCAAUAAGAAGGACAUAUCAUCUUGGGCCCGACAGUACUGGUGCUUUCGUUAAAGUCACAGUCGAUUCAAUACACCGACAUCGGGUACCGACGCAUUAUGUACAUUGUGGACAAGCAGCAACACUUGCCAUCAAAUCCACAGAGCUUGAAAACUGGCGGAUUCAACGUGGCAUGGUGCUAUUAGGCAUAGACGUACCGAGUAGCUACUUUGAGUUUGAGGUGGAUCUCAUUGUUUUGUACCAUCCGACGGGAGUGACCGUAGGCACCUGCGGCAUGGUGCAUUCUGGUUCGGUUCGGCAACGCGCGCGUGUUGUGUCUAUAUCAUCCUCCACUACCACUAAUACAUCGUCAUCAUCCUCCACUCCAUCGUCAUCACCAUCAUCAUCGGCAACAACAACAACAACAACAACAACAAAAGAAGCACACCUUGAAGAAUACAACGCAACAAAAACCCAAAACUCCAGCAGUCACCCCAGCACCGAUCAAAUAAUCCCUUCCGGUAGCGAAGGUCGUUGUGUUUUGCGAUUCAUGAAUGAGCCUAAAUAUCUCUGCAAUGAAGCCCAGAUUCUGUUCAUGGAAGGAAAAGCAAAAUGUUUAGGCCGUGUAAUACAAUUAAUAAACACUACUUGACUUCUUUUUUCGAGAUCAC